AUGACGCAAACUCCUGCAGGAAAAUCAACAGGAGGGGUCUUCCAGAUCCCGGUCGCAGCCACGCAGAAAAAUACGCCUGCAGCUUCUAGAAAGGCCCCAAAGCCAGCUGCCCCGCGACUCAAACUUCUUGUCAGGCGGUUGCCCCCCGGUUUGACUCAGGCUGAAUUCGAGAGUGCCCUGGGAGACGAAUGGAAGGUCGGUGCCGGGAAGGUCGACUGGUUCCAGUAUAAGGCUGGAAAGGUUUCUAAAGACCCCGCCAAACCAUCCCGACCUUCGCGCGCAUACAUCCACGUCGUCGCCAGUGAUCACAUUGCUCCUCUCUCAGACAAGGUCCGCCAAACCUCCUUCAUCGAUGCACGCACCACGUCCAACGAUCCCGUACUUCUUGGUCCUCCCUCGUUGGAGUUCGCCCCUUACGCCAAAAUUCCCGGGAGUCGUGUCCGAAAAGAUGCUCGUCAGGGAACUAUCGACCAGGACCCCGACUUUUUUGCUUUCCUCGAGAGCCUAACUCAGCCAAUUACAAAACCUGCCGCUCCUGAGCCGACUGCAGAUGGGGAGGAGAAGAAGGAGAAGAAAGACACAGUGACCACAACGCCAUUGGUUCAAUACAUCAAGGAGAAGAAAGCCAACAAAGCGAAGGAAGCCGCUUCUACUAAGUCGAAGCACGGAAAGUUUGAUAAAGAUGGCAAGCCUGAAAAGGUUCAAGCGAAGAAACUGUUACAGCGACCUGACAAGGAGGCCGCUCAAUCUACCGCUACGGAGAAAUCGGAGAAGAAAUCAAAGACCGACAAGGCAACAAAGGAAGCCGUGAAAGCAGCUAACAAGCAAGCCGCCAAUGUUGCUUCCAAACAGACGUCGAAGUCUGCGACACAGAAUACUGCCAAGGACUCAACGCCAUCGGCUCCAGCAUCUGAGCGGAAGAGAGAGCGUGGAAACGUUGCUGCUGCUACCAAGAUUCUCCAGAGAGAUCUGGGGCUUGCGCCAUCUGGGAGCCGUCGCAAAGGUGGUAAAGCCAAUGCGACAGAGGAUACCUCCAAGAGCGAUCAAACUGCGAGCCCGUCGGAGCCUAGCAAGAAGGACGCUGCAAAAUCUAAGAGCGGCUCGGCCGGAGGAAAGGCCAAGGGCGGCCAGACACCGCAGUCUAGUGAGCCUGUGUCCUCUCGUGGCCAGUCGGAUGUCGGGACUCCCCCUGCCAGUACUACGCCUGCCCCGGUCAAGUCAUCAAAAUCCGGUAAAGGGAAGCAAGCGCCCGCUCCCGCAGCAGCCACCGCUACUCAGGCGUUUCUCAAGCACGCCAAUGCCUCGCAAGGUGUUACCGAGCCGUUGUUGGAAACCACGUUUGCACCGUUUGGUAAGAUCUUGAAGGUCGAAAUCGACAAGAAGAAGGGAUUUGGCUACAUCGAUUUCGCAGAACCGGAUGGUCUACAGAAGGCCAUUGCAGCGAGUCCGGUCACUGUUGCUCAGAGCCAGGUCGUUGUGCUGGAAAGGAAGCAGAACCCUGGUGGAGAAAAAUCCCGUGGAAAAGGUCGAGGUGAAUCACAGCCACCUAGUAACAAUGCCAGUAACAAAGAUAACAAUCGUGGUGGAAAGGCAAACGGGGAAGGAGGAACAAGCGGAGGGUCUUCAUCUCGUGGACCACGCGGUGGUCGAGGAUCCAGAAACAAGGGUGGUUCGAAGGGUGCUGGAGGCGGGAAUCAGAAUUCCAGUACAUCAGCAGGGGAGAAGGCGAAUGGUGCAGAGUCGAAGUGA